AUGAAGUUCGUGAGAUUGGGUCACGAAAUUGUAACCACUGAAUUAAAGAACAGAACACAGGUCCAUGGAACAAUCACAGGUGUAGAUGUCAGCAUGAAUACACAUCUUAAAGCUGUGAAAAUGACCCUGAAGAACAGAGAACCUGUACAGCUAGAAACACUGAGUAUUCACGGAAAUAACAUUCAGUAUUUUAUUCUGCCAGACACCUUACCUCUGGAUACACUUCUCGUGGAUGUUGAACCAAAGGUGAAGUCUAAGAAAAGGGAAGCUGUUGCAGGAAGAGGCCAAGGAAGAGGCCAAGGCCAAGGCAGAGGCAGAGGAAGAGGGGGACCUAGGCGAUAA